CUUUUCUGCGCUUCCAGGGGAUCCGAUCUGACUGACUGACUGACUUACAGAAAGACAUUGUAGACUAUAUUCUUAGAUUCGUUUACGGCACUCUGUGCCACCGCUGCUUCCCGUGACCCGGCUCGUCGACUUGUGCAUUGGGCUUCCGUGUCUGGUGGGUUGGGUCGGAAGUGUUCGAAGAGGAGCUGAAUCUACUUUAUGUUUCGAAGCAUCACUCUUCCGUGUCUGUGUGCCAUUCUCUUUUUGUCUCUCUUACAUUGUUACUUGUUGUACCUCAAGGAUUUUCCAUGUAGCUCUUGUCUGGAUGCCUGCAUUACACCUCGGAUUACACAGGAUCUGGAUGGGUUUUGAUUGUGAAAUCUCAUGGCAGGAUGUCUGGUUCAUUGGAAUGCUGCAGGAUCUUGACUCCAUUGUUGCAACAUAGCUGUUCAUCACUGCAAUUAAUAGGACAGAAUAUUGUGUGAUGGACUUUUAGAUUGACACUCAAAUCGCUUCCUUACAUUUUAGGGUUACGAUUUCCAAGUUUUUUUUUUUUUUUUUUUUUUUUGUUAAAUUAAUCAAGGGACCGUCUCGAUCAGAAAGACCGAAAAUCUACAAGCUGCUUCGCGACCUCGCAUCAAGUUCAACUUAAUGUCUUGUCGGACAGUGGAUGUGUGCAUCUUGAUUGGUUUGAGGCUCGGUGAAUAUAUAACGAUGAUUCUGUGCAAGAAUUAGCGGUGAAAAGAUGUAGCCUGACAAUAUGAGACUUUUGCUUCAGAGCUUGUAUGCGAGGUACAACAUGGGCGAUGGGUGCUUGCAGCAUAGCAACUGUAUCCUUGAUGAUAGCAGCAAUGGCAGGAGCAGCAGAGUUUUGAACAGGAUUGCAGUCCCGAAGUAGCUUCGCAGCUGCUGCAGCACUUCACCUAUGACCAAGUAGCAGAAAGUGCAUCCCCAGGUCUCAUUUUUAGAGAUCCAGGCUGCAGGGCGAAACCAGAGCAGAGCAGAGUCAGGAGGGAGAGCAAUGGGAGGUGAAGUAGCCAAGGAUCUGACGGCGGGCACCUUUGCGGGGGCCGCGCAGCUAUUGGUUGGGCAUCCCUUCGACACCAUCAAGGUGAAGCUGCAGAGUCAGGGAGCUCCAGCACCAGGUCGCCCUGCAAAGUAUGCGGGUGCUGUGGAUGCCGUGAGGAAAAUACUGGCUGAGGAAGGUACGAAAGGAUUGUACAAAGGCAUGGGUGCUCCCCUCGCUACUGUGGCAGUAUCCAAUGCCGUGCUCUUCUGCGCUCGAGGCCAGAUGGAGACCCUGUUGCGAGACCAUCCUGGGCAGCAUCUGGACGUGGGCCAGCAAAUAAUAGCUGGAGCAGGCGCAGGCAUGGCGGUCUCCUUUGUCGCAUGCCCAACGGAACUCGUCAAGUGCAAAUUGCAAGCCCAGAGCGCGUUGGCAGCCGCCGGUGUGGAGAACGUUGCGGUGCACCGGCACCAUUACAAAGGUCCCAUGGAUGUGGUCAAGCAGGUCCUGCGGAACGAAGGUGGCAUCUUUGGCUUGUUCAAAGGCCUCAUUCCUACUCUCUUACGCGAGGUGCCUGGGAAUGCGGCGAUGUUUGGAGCUUACCAAGCGACGAAGCAAAUGUUAGCAGGCGGCAAAGACACUUCUCAACUGGGAAAGGGGUCGCAAAUCCUGGCGGGUGGGGUGGCAGGAGCCACAUUCUGGAUAUCCGUACAUCCAACUGACGUUAUCAAGAGUGUCAUCCAGGUCGACGAUCAUCGGCAUCCCAAAUACGCAGGCACCGUGGACGCAUUUCGGAAAGUGUAUGCUGCAGAGAGUGUGAAGGGGUUGUACCGUGGAUUCGGCCCUGCUAUGGCCCGCAGCGUCCCUGCCAAUGCUGCUUGCUUUGUUGCCUAUGAAAUGGUUAGCGAGGCCCUCAGUUGAACUUGUCAAUCCUCUUCUGUAGAAGCACGAAUGAACCUUCACACCGUUUUGCUACACCAGUCAGAAACUGGAUUAGGCAGGGGUUUGAUCUCUCAUUUUUUUAAUCCCCCCCCUCCCCCUAGACCCCCAGAAGUACAUUCUUAUGCGGCGGAGGAAUGCACCACUCGCCUGGUGGUAUGAACCAUCCAUCAAUGGUAGAAGGCAGACUUUCAUUUAUGAGUGUCCAGUUUUGUCUGGAAUACAGGAAAUUGGAAUUCGGACUUGAAUUUUCUACUCUCCUUCACGUUAACAUUCGUCUAGUCAUUUCAAAGUGCGGUGUACAAUCAUUAAUUUUCUUUCAUGUCAGCAAUGUCUAAAUACUUGAUGGCAUAAGAAGGUUCUCAUUUUGAUCUCAUAGAUCUCAAA